AUGGAAUCUAGGUUCACAGUCAUCGUCGUGGGUGGCUCGAUUGCCGGCCUCUCAUUAGCUCAUUGGCUGCAUAGAGCUAAUGUCAAAUGCAUCAUCCUGGAAAAGAGGUGCAAAAUCGCCCCAGAAGAAGGGGUCGCUGUCACUAUCACCCCAAAUGGUGCCAGAAUUUUAGCCCAGCUGGGUCUCUUCUCAUCAAUAGAGAGACUCACGGAGCCGGUCCGUGUGUCACAGGCUCUAUUUCCAGAUGGGUUUGAAUGUUGCUAUGCUGUUCCGAGGAUCUGUCAAGAGAGACUCGGUUAUCCGAUCGCUUUCUUGAAGAGACAGAAGCUGCUCGAUUCCCUGUACACCAUGUUCCCCGAUAAGCAUAACAUACACACUAGGAAGAAAGUAGUGCUUGUGGAACAGGAAGACGACGGGGUGCGAGUUCAUAUGCGGGAUGGAGCCAUCUACGCGGGCCAUCUAGUUGUCGGAGCAGAUGGAGUGCACAGCGCAAUACGAGAUCAGAUAUUGCGAAUGGCUGAGACAUUUCAUCCGGGGGUUAAAAGUGUGCCAAGAAACACGACUAUUAACUAUGCCUGCGUCUUUGGAAUAUCCUCGCCUAUUUCCAAGUGGCCUACAGGACACCAGGUCGUAGCAUUCGGUCAGGGAAAAGCAAUCAUGACUGUUUCUGGUCCAGACCGUCGACUGUUCUGGUUUAUCGUAUUGAAGCUGAAAACUCCCCGCCAACACGGCAAGAGACCACAGUUUUCGCGCCAGGAUGCGGAAGCAGAAUGCGAGAAAGCGGCUGAGGUCUGGGUUACCAAAGGCGUUCAAUUUGAAGAAGUAUGGCGAAACCGAGAGAUCUUCUCCGCAACCCUCCUGGAAGAGGCGCUUCUUCCAAGAUGGCAUUGGGGACGGGUUGUUUGUAUAGGGGACAGCGUGCACAAGGCUAGUUUAAACCUAAUGACACCGAAUGUUGGCCAGGGCGCAAAUUGCGCGAUCGAGGACGCUGCUUGUCUGGCCAGUGAGCUACAUUCUGCAUUAAUACGCCAGGGGACCAAGAUUUCCGACGUACAGAUUCAUCAGUUACCAGCUGAGUUCAGCGCAAUUCCACAGCGGCGCAUGAAGUUUAUGUAUACGUUAUCCAAAGUUGUAGUCCGGCUACACACAAGGCAGAACUUCAUUUAUGGGGCGAUGCUGCUGGGCUUGGUUACGGGUGGUCGUUGA